AGGAGAUCGACGUGAAGCCCUCGUCGUCGACAAAUUCUAUGGCGAACAAGCCUGCAUUGUUACCUAGUGGUGUUGGUCAAAUGAAGCAACUGCAGGGAGCGAAGAUGGUUAACCAAACGGAAUCAUCGUCAUCUGGCUCGGCUACGGUGUUAAGCAGUUGCCUCUUCAAUUGCCAAAGCUGCAAGCAAAAUUGUGUCACGUCGCAGCUAGCUUCUCUAUAGAAUUGCCAAUACAGCGUCAUGAAAGAAUUAGCGAGGGUAGAAGCCUAAAUCUAAGGGUAGAAAGACAUAGAGCUAUCGAAGAGAGGUCCGACGAUGUCCACGGGCAGAGAAGCACGCGUUCACUGCUGAGAUCCUGCGUGUUAGGCACAUCGUAGCUACUAUAUUGAUCUACCUGUCCGAGGGCUAUAUCGGUCCGCGUGUUUCGGUGCAGUACCUUUCAGUCCACCAGCGCGGGAUCAACGUUUCGUCCUGCUGUAUUCAUCGAGAUCACGUUUCCUUGAAAUACAGUUCACAGUUCAGUGUUCGUGUUCGAUCGACACCUGUGAAUCUUUCUGUUCUUUCUGCUUCUUUUUCCUUUUCUAAUUAUCCGACACGUUAUCAUUCGAGCUAAUUAUAAUCCGUAAGCCGGAAGCGUUCGAAAUUCGGGAUAUUCUCGGUGUUUGAAUUUCACGAAACGAAAUUAAACAAUGAACAGUUCAGUUGUCGUGUUCGAUCACACUCGUCAAUAUUUCCAAUCUUUUAUUAUUCGACCUAUUAUUCUACAGCUUAAGAAUCUACGAAGGAAAUAAAAUUCAGUUAACUAAUUUUAGUUGCAGUUUCGCCAGAACGAAAUUGGUUUAUGGCUCGGUUACCGCGUUUAAUCGAUACCUAUGAAUCUUGUCAACGUUGUUAUUCAAUUUCGUAAAAUUACGCAGUUCGCCGUUCAGUUUUCGCGUUCGAUCAGACCCGUGAGUGGUCCUCGCGUUAUCGUGUCACCUUUUUUACUUUACAAACCCGUUACUCUAUGGUCUAAGAAUCGACGAAUGAAAAAGCUCGAAUACCUUUGAUUCCAAUCUCGCGAAAAUUGCAUAGUUUACAACUGAAUUUCCGCGUACGAAUAUUUUUAUUCAAUGUGCUAUUGAAUAAAAUCAUCUUCUAUCACUCGAUUUAUAUUAUUUUAUCAAUUUACUAUUCUUCGAUCUAAACAAUUUGAGAUGUCGAGUGGUGCCGGUUGCAAUUUCGUAGAAACGAAAUUACACAGUUCACGGUUCAAUGAUCGGCGCUUCUGAAUCUUUUUAACCUUAUUAUUCCAUCUGCUACUCUACGAUUAACCCAAAUCUAAUUCAAGGCUUCAAUACAUCGCAGUACCGCUACACAGUUCACAGUUCACUGGUCAUCGCUUGUGUGCUUCGUUUCAACCUGAUUACCUACUUUAUUUCAUCAACUACAAAUUUAUUGUUCCGCAGUAGAAAAAUCGCAAACCUUCGAUACUCUCAGUUCCAAUUGCACGACGAUAAAAUAUCGGUAUCUAGUAAAGUGUCUAAUGGACGAGAUGAAUUUUAACGAGAUAUGUCUCCAGAGCUCGACAGUAGAUGGUAGAUUUUUGCCAUGAGAAACUGGUAACUGGAUAACAGAGACAGUGGGUGUUUGCUUUUCUUAUUUCUCGCUCGUCACUCCUAUUACAAAGGAUCACGCAGAAAGCGAGAAUUGUUCGAGUCUAGAAGAGGAUCGAUCGACGCGGUUCUCAAAACGACCGAUCGUUUGGACCGGUCUCAGCAGUUUUUCCUGGGAUAUAUCCAGGCCAUCCUAUAAGUAAUGCGGUUUCUUGGGAGGAUGGUUAAAGGUUUGCGGACUGUGACGUUUCGAUGAGAAAAUGCCACGAUGCUGCGGCGCGUCUUUGGUAUCCGUCAUGGGCGGCGAGGGGUCUCCGCAAAGUCUCGGUUUGCAGAUUCAGGACGGCAAUCCUCGAAAUAAAACAGCCUUAGCACCUGGCCACAGUUUGAUGGACUGGAUUCGAUUGGGAAACUCUGGCGUCGAUUUAACCGGCGUUGGUGGAGUUCCACGUGUCGUAACUUUGUCCGAACUGGCCACUCACAAUAAGCAAAACGACGCUUGGAUCGCGAUUCGAGGGAUCGUUUUCAACGUGACACGUUACAUGGACUUCCAUCCAGGAGGAGUCAACGAAUUAAUGAGAGGCGUUGGAAAAGAUGCCACGAAGCUUUUCGAAAACGUGCACGCUUGGGUCAACUAUCAGAGCAUCCUUCAGAAAUGCGUGGUCGGAAGGCUGAGCCGUGGCUCGGUGAGCGGUACCACCGCGUCGUCGCCGACGGAAAAUGCUGCCUCGAGUACGAGCAAUUGUUCGUCGGCGACGUUGAACCUGAUAACAAGUUGCACAACUCAUAGUGUGAACCAAGAAAAUGUAUCAGACGCUAAUUUAUUGAAUAUAAAAAUGGAGUGGAGGCAAACACACGACACGUUCACAUUGUUUUAUCCAACGACGUGCAAUUAUCCGAGCAUGUGCUAUCAAUUAUCAAGGAUAAGCGACUCGAAGCUGAUAUACAAAUUAUGUUUCGGGAGCACCAUAGUAAUGCAGGAGUUGGAAUUAACAGCAGAAAUAGAAUGGCCACCGGACUGCUUCAGAGAUUUCGAAAUGAGGGAGAUGACUUUUACGUUUGCGAAGCGGAGGAUAGGAUUAUGGAAAUCUUACGGUAAUCAAACGAUACUCAGGGAGACGAAUAUGGAUGAUCGAAUGUACACAGAAUACGAAGUACUUACGAACAAACCGCUUUCUAAGUUAGUUCAUCUGUUAGUCGUGCGAGCAAAAGACUUCUUGCAAGUUAUACCUAUUGGCAGGCACGUAGAAGUCAAAAUGAACGUCAUGGGGAUGGAAGUAUCGCGAUUGUACACGCCUGUCCCACCGUGCCUUCAUCCGGACGAUAUGGCGCCAAACUACAAGUCUGAUUGCCUGUGUUUCAUGAUCAAGAAAUACCCGAAUGGCGCUUUGAGUCCGUCCAUAACCGCUCUUGAGAUUGGUCAGACCUUUCUUGUGAGCAAUGCUUUAGGUGACUUCAUGACAGAACCCUAUGAUAUGUAUUCUAUCCUUCAUUUGAUCGCUGGUGGCACCGGUUUGACAGUGAUACUUGGCAUCAUACAGCAAGCUUUGGCCAGAAGCUGUGUAAGCAACAUAAACUUACUCAACUUCAACAAGGACGAAGAUAACAUGUUUUACGUGAAGGAACUGGAAAAGGCUAGCACAGACGAAAGAUUAAAAGUUACACAUAUCCUUUCACAAGCCGGAGACACCUGGAAAGGCAGACGCGGCACGUUAUCUGAUUAUUUAUUAGAGGAACUAGUUGCAACAAGUAAACCAUAUGCAUUCGUCUAUACGUGCGGGCCUCCAGGAUUCAUACUGUCCGCAAAGAAUUCACUUCGAAAACUCAAUUGGAAGCCGUGCCAAAUGUACGAAUUCGAAGAUUAGCUGUACUCAUCGAAAGCGUACUCCAUCUCUUUUGAUACCAAAUGUUGGAACAUUGGCAAACGUAUGGAAACAAUUACGUGUCGUACCGUUGAAUUUUUAAAAAGAAUCUUUUGGAUACUUUUAUUCCUAUUUCCGCCCACAAUCUCAGAUUCGUGCGUGUAAGUUUAUCAGGGAAUCGAGUGGCAAAUAUGUAACAAAAAAAAAAAGAAGAAUGUUUGGAGAAAUAGAAUUUUUUUUAUAGAAGUAUUUUUUAUGAGAUUUCGUUUGAUAAAAUUUUUCUAUGAAAUUUAUAUUCAAUUUUUUAUCGAAAGAUGUAGAAUUUCUUUUCAAGAAGUAGUAGAUCUUUCAAUUUUUAAUGUUACUGUCGAAAUUAAUUUAGAAGAUAAUUUUAUAAAUAUUAAUUAUCUAUUGUGUAUUAUCUAUUAAAGAUUGUGUAUCUAUAUAAAAUAUUGCAGCAAAGUUAAUUAUGAUUUUGUUUCUUUUGUGAAAUAGUGUCUUCCGUUUCAAUAAUUCACUCGAUUUGACCGCAAUACGCAAAAGCAAACACCUGUAUAUUUGUACUUACUAUGAGUAAGUAGACGCGCAUACUUUGUACCAUAUCUACGAAUUUCGAAAAAAAAAGAACAAGAAAUGAAAAAAAGAAACAAUAGGAGUAAGGGUCACGGAUGAAAGUCUUUGAAAUCUACGGGACGAGCCAUAGAUGUAAUUCCUAUAUGGUUCGCGAAUAACAAAUUAUUUUUACAAACGUCGUCUUUUAAUCUAUCAUCCAGAGAGUUGUAUUUUGAACAAUUUAUCCGGGAACAUUAACAAGUAUUUUCAGACGUAGGUCAAUUCGAAACGAUCAUGGUGCUAUUUCUUAAAACGAACCGAAACAAACAUCUCACAACCAUAAUUUUUAAAUUCCCAGUCUGCAUUUUAUAUAGAAACAUUUUAACCAGAUUUUUAUUUCUACAUAAUAAACUGCAGUCCCCUGUGUCUAUCGAAUUAGAAUCCCUUGCGAGAUUUGAAUAUUUUUUACUUGUUAGUAAUAAAUUAAAUAAAUUAAAUAGUUGACAGGCUUUCUGCAAAAAGCUAUAUAUAUAUAUAUAACUUUUAUUACACAAGAUGAUAAAUUGAGUAAAUCGUGGCAGAAUUUUAGUCCUAAAAUUUGAAUAUUAUCUACGUUUGAAUUAAUAAUUACAAUUCUUAAUAAAUCUUCUACGUAGAGUACCAUUUGCAUAUGUUUAUAGAUGUUUUCUUUAGGAAGUUGUUCAAUUGUUAUGUAUACAGAAUCGUCCACGUAUUUAGUAAUAAUUAUUUGGACAAACAAAAAUAAUCUGUUUAUUUAUCCUGCACAGUGUGCAUACGAUACGAUAUAUCGUUUGACGAGUGGAAUAAUUUGCGUACGUAGUUCUAAUUCGAUAGCCAGGUACUGUGAAGUGAUUAAAGCAUCAUGUUGGGCUUUCCUUUGGAAAUAAAACACGUGGCAGAUAGGGGCCUUAGAACUCUGGGUGAAAACUCUAGAAUCGUUACCAAUAAAAUGGCCUAAUCGCAGAAACGUUUUAAAAUUAACAGCAUAACGCAAAAGUACCAGAACCAUAGUUCUUCGAUUUUUCAUAAAACUGAAGAAGAUUUACGAUAAGUGAGUGGAUUGGAAAGAUGGGGAAGAUCGAAGAACUUUUGCAAGUAAUUUUUACCGAUCACGUGUUUUCAGAUUCGAGCGUGUACGAUUGUUUCAUUCGAAGUUGGCCGUGUUUGAAAGAGGAAAGUAUAGUGUCUCGUAGUUUGCUGAACGACACGGAUAGUUUUAUUCAAAACAUACUCGAGUACGGACCAUUUUCUGCAUUUACGUACAUGUUAAAUACGCCUAUGUGUAUGUAUAUGUGUGUAUGUACAUAGUUGUUACCAGAAAUAAAUGAAUAUUUGAUGGCUCCUUGU